CAUUGUGUUUUGUUAGUUUUAAAAACUUUUGAUAUAUUAGUAUUUUGCAUUAUAAGCAGUCAACCGAUUGACAAACUAGAAUUAUUGAAUUCCGUGUGGAAAGAGCUCAGGUUAAUUUCGAGUGUUAUCUGCAAUCUAGAUGUUUAUAAAUCAUUUCAGUCGUUGAUAUAAUAAUUAAAGGUCGACUGAACAUGAAUUAUAUUAUACAAUUUAAAGCGCAUUUCUGUUUAUGCACGUGAACCCGUCUAACGUUAUUUUCGCAGUUAUAUAAAGUAGCAAAUUAUCGUUCGUGAAUAGGUGGCGCCGUGGUAGCGGAUCCUGUUCAUCUACUUCCGGUUUCUGCACUGUGCAACUAUUUCAGUUAUAUUUUUAAUUAACGAUGCCAAGUACUUGUUGUUGUGUACCUGGAUGUCAUUUAAGAGGAGGACAUGCAUUUCCAAAUGACUUAAAAAGAAGGAAAAGUUGGAUCAACGCCAUGGCCCAUACGCAGAUUGGACGAGAACACGAUGAUAUCGUGGAGUCCAUCUCAAUCAGCUGUUGUUUGCAAGGCACGUUUUACUGAAAAAGACUACGUGCAGGAAACUAUUCAUGGGCGCAAACCCACCAUACAGAGACUUAAGUCUACUGCAAUUCCCAGCCUAUUUUCCUGGACCAAGCAAGAGACUGAAUCGUCCGCAAAAAGAAAAAUCAGGGCAGUUUCCUGUGAAAACAAAAGAACUAAACUUGAUGAAUAUUGUAGUAGAAAUCUAGAGGAAAGUUUUGAUUGUAAAGUUGGUUUUCCUGAAGAAGUCAUUCAUACUGCAGAAAGGAUUUAUGACUGUCCACCACCAACUGCCGAGCUAAUGUUGAGCUUCACAGAUGGAAUUACGCAAACACCAUCAAUGCCUAUGUUUUCAGCAGAGAAUUUUGAAAUGAAGACACGUGACACAGCCAUGCAUUUUUAUACCGGUUUAGAGUUGUAUACUAAAUUUUUAUUUGUUUUGACCACACUUGGUCCAGCAGCACAUUGUUUGCGAUACAUAUAUUUUCAAAUUGAUAGGGUGUCAGUUGAAAAUCAGUUUUUUUAUGACUUUGAUGAAAUUGAGGCAUCAUACAACCAACUUUGAACUGUCUAGAUUCUAGAUUGAAUCUAGUGUUAAGAAUAUUGUGUAUACAUGGAUUGUUUUUAUGUCUAAACAGUGGUGUGAGGCUAACACUUGGCCAUCUAGUGGUUUAGUCAAGUAUUUUUCACCAUCCAACUUCAAAUUAAAGUUUCCUACGACUUGGAUUAUUAUUGACAGCACAGAAUAUCCCGUGAUAAAACCUAAAGCUCCUAGAGCUCAGGCAACCUUUUCAUCAAAUAAAAACAGAAACACUGAAAAUUCUUGAAUGUUCGACACCUGGUGGUUUAGUCAACUAUGUCUCUAUGUCACAUAGAGUGAAUUAUUGGACUUGGCAAAACAUACAAAAUUCUAAUAAAUCCUAUGAAUGCAACGGAAACAAAACUUUCAUGUGAAAUAACAUUUAGUUGUGUUAUGUUGUGUAAUUUUAGAACUUGUAUUGUGCCAAAGGAUGCAUAAAUAAAAGUGACGCAAUGCAUUUUGUUCUGAUAUAUAUAUAUUUACAAUUACAUGCACAUGUAAAUUGUAAUGCAUAUAAAAAUAAGGAGAUGUGGUAUGAUAUU